CCACCAAUUAAUAUUAAUGAGGGAAGAUUCCUCACUGCCUAAAGACCCCUAUUGGGCCCAGAUGGGGGGGCAGGCCCCACCCCCAUGACUCAGGAGGUUAAAGGGCUUGGGGCCAACCUGCGAGCCCAGAGUCCCGAUGGCGAUGGCGUGUGGCAGCAGGAGGAUCACCAUCCAGCUGGUGGGCGAGGAGGCUGAGCCUGGGACCAGCGGCCCGAAGCCCUUUCGGGGCCAGAGCUAUGAGACAAUCCAAGCAGCCUGCCUGAAUGAGGGCAUCCUGUUCCGUGAUCCCUACUUCCCUGCUGGCCCUGAUGCUCUUGGCUACGACCAGCUGGGGCCGGACUCAGAGAAGGCCAACGGGGUGGAAUGGCUGAGGCCGCAUGAGUUCUGUGCUGAGCCCCAGUUCAUCUGUAAGGACAUGAGCCGGACAGACGUGUGUCAGGGGAGACUGGGUAACUGCUGGUUCCUUGCGGCCGCCACCUCCCUCACUCUGUACCCCCAACUCCUGUACCGAGUGGUCCCCCCUGGACAGGGGUUCCAUGAUGGCUACGCAGGAGUCUUUCACUUCCAGCUCUGGCAAUUUGGCCACUGGGUGGACGUGGUGGUGGACGACAGGCUGCCCGUGAAAGAGGGGAAGCUGAUGUUCGUGUGCUCGGAUCAGAGGAAUGAGUUCUGGGCCCCACUCCUAGAAAAGGCCUAUGCCAAGCUCCACGGCUCCUAUGAGGUGAUGCGAGGCGGCCACAUGAAUGAGGCUUUCGUGGACUUUACAGGCGGCGUGGGCGAGGUGCUCUACCUGAGGCAAAAUAUCCCAGGCCUCUUCUCUGUCCUGCGCCAUGCCCUGGCCAAGGAGUCCCUCGUGGGCGCCACUGCCCUGAGUGAUCGGGGUGAGUACCAUACAGAAGAUGGGCUGGUGAAGGGACAUGCGUAUUCGGUCACGGGCACGCACAAGGUGUCCCUGGGCUUCACCAAAGUGCGGCUGCUGCGGCUGCGGAACCCCUGGGGCUGCGUGGAGUGGACCGGGGCCUGGAGUGACAGCUGCCCACGCUGGGAUGCACUCCCCACCGAGUGGCGAGAUGCCCUGCUGGUGAAAAAAGAGGAUGGCGAGUUCUGGAUGGAGCUGCAGGACUUCCUCCGCCACUUCAACACUGUCCAGGUCUGCUCACUGAGCCCCGAGGUGCUGGGCCCUAGCCCUGCUGGAGGCGGCUGGCACGUCCACACCUUCCAAGGCCGCUGGGUGUGCGGUUUCAACUCUGGCGGGAGCCAGCCUGGUGCUGAAACCUUCUGGACCAACCCCCAGUUCCGGCUGACACUGCUGGAGCCAGAUGAAGAGGCUGAAGAAGAAGAGGGACCCUGGGGGGGGUGGGGGGCAGUAGGGGCAAGGGGCCCUGCACAGGGAGGCCACACCCCCAAGUGCACUGUCCUCCUGUCACUCAUGCAGCGCAACCAGCGGCGCCUCAGGGCCAAGGGCCUCACUUACCUCACUGUGGGCUUCCACGUGUUCCAGAUCCCAGAGGAGCUGCUGGGCCUGUGGGACUCCCCGCGCAGUCGCGAGCUCCUGCCGGGCCUGCUGCGAGCCGACCGCUCGUCCUUCUGCGCCCGCCGCGACGUGAGCCGCCGCUGCCGCCUGCGACCCGGCCACUACCUGGUGGUGCCCAGCGCCGCCAACGCCGGCGACGAGGCCGAUUUUACGCUGCGCGUCUUCUCUGAGCGCCGUCACACAGCCGUGGAGAUCGAUGACGUGAUCAGCGCCGACCUGCACGCCCUCCAGAUCCCCUGCAGUCCCAUGGAGCUGGGGCUGGAGCAGCUGUUUCAGGAGCUGGCAGAAGAGGAGGAAGAACUCAGUGCCCCUCAGCUCCAAAUCUUACUAAGCAUUGCCCUGGAGCCUGCCAGGGCCCAUGCCCAGACCCCCAGAGAGAUUGGGCUCAGGACCUGUGAGCAGCUGCUGCAGUGUUUUGGGCAUGGGCGAAGCCUGGCGCUGCCCCACUUCCAGCAGCUCUGGAGCCACCUCCUGAAGUGGCAGGCCACAUUUGACAAGUUUGAUGAAGACGCCUCUGGAACCAUGAAUUCCUACGAGCUGAGGCUGGCGCUGAAUGCAGCAGGCUUCCACCUGAACAACCAGCUGACCCAGGCUCUCACUAGUCGCUACCGGGACAGUCGUCUGCACGUAGACUUUGAGCGCUUCGUGUCCUGUGCAGCCCAGCUCACCUGCAUCUUCCGCCACUGCAGCCAGCACCUGGAUGGGGAUGAGGGGGUCAUCUGUCUGACCCACAGACAGUGGAUGGAGAUGGCCACCUUCUCCUAGGAUCCCAGCAUGGGGCAUCACAGCUGAAGGCAGGAGAGCUGCUGGGAACCGCGCCUUCCUCUCUGCCAACCUGGACCAGGGUUUAUUCCACAAGGAGAGGGAUAUGAGCAAAAACCACCCUCCCUCAGACCCUUCCACCUCCCUGCCUGGUAUGGGGGCUGACAUGCUUUUGAUGUUAUGCAGUGGUUUAGACAAUGGCCUCGGGAGCCUGCCUGCCUGCAGUCAAUUUCUGGCCUCACCUAGUUGGGUAUGCUGGGCAAGUCACUGCGUCUCUUUGUGUUCUGCUCUUCUAACCUGUAACCGGGGUGGUAACAGCACCUUUCUUGGGCAGACUGCAUCAAAUAGUCCAUGUUUUGUGCUUAGAACAGUACCUAGCCCAGAGUGAGUCCCCAGCAGGGCUCACCGUUCUCGGGGGAACAGAUUGUGUGCUCCCUGCCCCACCUUGCUCUGGGGAGAGGUGUUCUGUCAUCGCUCUCCUAAGAAGCACAGAACAGACAGGAGAGGGA